AUGGGGAACGCGGAACAGAAGGGGCAUGUGACAGUAACGGAAGAAGGGGAGCAUGUGAUUAUAACGGAGACGGCGGAGCGCGACGGGAUCCGGGCCGUCGACGGCGAAGGAAGUGGGGACGGGGACGUGGGUGUACAGGUGGAUGCUUACGUGGACGCUGACGUGGACGAGAAUGACGUGGACGCGUUCAGCGAGGACAUGCACCUGCUGUGGGACGUUCUGGCGAUCGACGACGCAGCGCAAAGGGCGGCGCGAAUGGCGGAGCUAGGCUACGAGGUUUAUAUCGAGGAUGGACUAGAAGGUUACAGGAAGGCGGCAGUUGAAGAACCGAUAAACAGCGCGUUUCCUGCCCCUCCGCCGGGAAACGCGCUAGAAGGGCGGCUCGCGGAAGAAGCGGCGGAGAGACGACAGCUGGAACAGCGACUCGCGUCGGCUCAAAAAGCUGUCGGCGCGCUGCUGACGUGUCUGAAGCGUGUCCAGCACAUGCUCGAGGCGCCAGGGGAUGGGCGGACGAGAGCAGAGGGGGAGCGGGAGGGGGAGGGGGAGGGAGGCGCGCAUGGGGGGAAGGGGGGCGGAGGGGAUAUUAAGUUGGAGUGGGCGAUGGUGGAGUGUGUUUCAACAAUGGCUGCUAUAGAGGCGCGCGUCGCACAGCAGAGACAGGCACUGCAAAGGCAGGCCCAGCAAGGGCAGGCGCAGGCCAGGCAGGCACAGGGAGAGCGGAGGGCCGGGGGAGACGCGGAAGGUGAGGCGGGCAGAGGGGAUGGUGGGGCGGAGGAGGGGAGAGAGGUGGGGGAAGUGGGGGAACAGCGUGUGGCAGGGGGAGAGCGAGGAGUGGAGGGUGGUGUGAUGAGAGAAAGUGAGCUGGUGAGAGAGGUGGGUGAGGUGAGGCGGGAGAACGAGGCACUGAAACAGCUGCUGCUGCUUUCAUUUCAAGGGCAAGGGGCGGCUGAUCUGCCCCAGCUGCUGCCACAGCUGCUAGCCCUGUCCCACAUCCCCGCGGGAUCAGCAAACACAGCAGCACAUCCAGCACACGAAGCAGAAACAGCACUUGCAGCAACCAUGAGUACAGAGACAACAACCAAUGCCAGCAGCACUGCAGCUACCAGCAGUAGUGAUGCCGGCACAGGCACAGAUACCACUGCCACCUCCACACCCUUGUCUCAUCCCAUUCCCAUCCACCCCACCCCUGCUGCCCCCACACGCGCCUGCACCUCCUCCCGCCCGCACCCGCACUUCCCCUCACUUAUUCCGCACCUGCAGCUACGCUCCCUCUCCUUCUCCCGCCACACUGCCAAGCACGAUUCCACCCCUCAUGCCACCCGCCACGCCUCCCCCCAUGCCUCCCACCAGCCGGCAAUGCACCAAGCGUCACAAGCGGCACUACCAGAGGCCCAGGUUAUCCAAGAGGCAGGCAGCAAGCAGGACGGGGAGGCGAGUCAUGUGGCAGGGCAGUCAGACCCCCUUCGACUAGAAGGAGAGGGGGAGGGGGAAGGGGAGAGGGCGCAGAGGGAGGAAACCAGGCAAAUGGAUGAAUCGGAGCAGAGGGACGAAGCGGUGAAGAAGGAUGGAGUGGAGGUACAAAGGGAUGGAGUGGAGGUACAAAGGGAUGGAGAGGGUGGAGCAGGAGCAUCGACGGCAAAUGGGGAAGCAAGGGAGAGUGCGGGGGAACGCGAGCCUGCAAAGACCAGCCACCCCAGCAGCCCAUCCCAGCAAGAUGACACCCAUUCCUCACAUGUGAAUGGUGAUGCCAGGACCAACCAUUCCUCCCAUACCCAUUCCUCCCAUACCCAUUCCUCCCAUACCCAUUCCUCCCAUACCCAUUCCUCCCAUACCCAUUCCUCACACCCUCACUUCUCGCACCCUCACUUGCCACGUCUGCCCCUUAGUAGCACCUUCUGCCUGCCCAGCAGGUUACACAAGGCGAAUCCAGACAAUCCUGAUGAUCCCGUCACAGCACGCCACGUCAGCUGCUUUUCUGGCAACGGUGGCGCUGACACAGCUGGCCACGUCAGCUGCUUUGCUGGCGAAGGCGACGCUGACUCAGCAGGCAUCGUCAGCUGCUUCGGAGGUGGCAGCAAGAGCAGCAGCAGCAGCGGAAACCAGCAAACACCGGGACCAAAACGAGGAGGAUCGUUCAGGGAAAAUCGCACAGGGACUAGAAUCUUUCUCAGAAGAAACGCAAGCGAGCGGGCUGCUGGCAAUUCCCCCCCUAGCUCUCUGCACCCUGUAUCAGGCAGCGUGCCUCUUGUUGAGUCGAUUCAAAAGGCACCGCUGCAACCUGCCUCCUCACUGCCAGCCAACAACCCGCACCCUGCUGCUACAGCUGCUGCCUCUUUGCCAGUGACAAGCGCAGCAGAGGGAAAAAGGCCUCUUGAUUCCAAUCAACAAUCACUUUCUGGUCCCAAAACCAGCGACCCGCAGCCUGCUGCUGCCCCUUUGCCUCUGUCACGUACAGCAGCGGGAAGAGGGCCUCGGCAACUGGUUGUGCGCCGGUUCUUGCAUCGCAUUGGCGCUGACAGGAAGCGUGCAGCUGGCGGUGGCACGAGUGGGAGCGGGAGUGGGUGCGGGAGUGAGGGGGAAAAUGGGAGUGGGAGUGGGAGUGGGAGUGGGAGUGGGAGUGGGAGUGGGAGUGGGAAUGGGAGUGGGAGCAGGAGUGGUGCUUGGAGUUUCAGCAGCAGCAACGGUUCCACAGCUGAUCUCCUCGAGCCUGCUCACUCACUCACAGUCGGAGAGGAGUUACCAGACCAGCCUGCUGCUACUGCUGCUGCUGCUGCUGCUGCUGCGAGUGCGGAUGUGGCUGCUACAGCUGAUGUUGCUACAGCUGAUGCUACCGUUGGUACUGGUGGUGCCGGCAACAUUACAUCUACCUCUGUGUAUGUCUGUCCGCGCUCUCCUCUCACCUGUGCCUUUCACGUGUAA